ACCCCUCCAUGCGUUGCGAUCGAACGAACCUUGACGUUCGUUAUAAACGCAGCAGCGCGAGUUUGCCGAAACGAAAACAAAUACAUACAGCUUUACAACACGCCAGUGCCUGCAUAGCCAGUUGUCUCCUGCAGCAGACGAUGGCCGUUUGACGUUUAUAUUGACAUAAAGAGGGAAUCCCAUGUGAAGAUUGAUUAAAAAAAUACCUAAGGAUUUAUGGAAUAACAAAAGGAAAGGGAUCGCUGCAAAAUGACAUCGACCGCACAAGUGAUAAAAAGUGUUGGUCCGAAAUUAGUACCAUUUUUCAAAAGUGUAUCUGUCUACUUUGUUCUAUUAGCAGAGCAGCCCUGCCUAUUAACUGCCUGUUUUAAAUGUUUGCCAAUCAUCAGCCUUAUCGUUUUUAUUCUUCUCCAUGGAAUUAACUUGUCUGAAGAAUAUGCAUUUCCUCGGCGGAUACUGACUGGCCUUUUAUUCAGCUGUAUAGGAGAUGCUCUGCUGGUAUGGCCAGCCUGCUUUGUUCCAGGAAUGGGAAUGUUCGCCAUUGCUCAAGUCAUUUACAUUAAAGCCUUUGGCUUUGUUCCAUUGAAUGCAAUGUUAGGAGCAAUAUUAUAUGCCCUGUGUGCAGUUGCUAUUUUUCUUUUGAUGCCUGGUCUAAAUGGUGUCUUGAUGAUUGGGGUUCCAUUGUAUACUAUACUUUUAACAACAAUGGCAUGGAGAGCUAUAGCAAGGGUGCAAUUUUUUCAGGAAUUAUGGACUUGGUCAAAAAUGUGUAGUUGUGCCGGUGGUAUAUGCUUCGUUAUAUCAGAUGCUUUGAUUGGUUUCCACUACUUUUACAGUCCCAUAUCGUAUGCUCAGGUAUUUAUAAUGAUUACCUAUUACGCGGCUCAGCUUGGAAUAGCUUUGAGUGCUGUGGAUUCAAGAGACAAUAUUAAAGCGCAUAAGCAGCGGUGAGGUUUUUCUUGGGUAAUAUAUUAGUUGCUAGAGUUGUUAAAGUGUUGACUAAUUCUUACAAAGCAAGAAAUCAAUUGUAUUCGUGGUAUAGGGACAGAAUUCCGUAUUCUGGUAUAUAGGAAGCGCAUUAUAAUCACUGGAUAUGAAUAUCAACAGUAUGAUUAGUUUAGCACAUUUUUAGGAUUAGGUUAAAUACGAGUCUUGUUUGCUGCUCGUAUUUAGUCAAUUUAGCUUUAGAACUUCAAAUUCUUUAUUAGGAAAUUAGUAUUCUGGGUGGUUCAUAUUUCCUAUGAAGUUAUGUAAUAUUGUGAAUACCGCUGUGUGAGUUGAAAGGGUAACAAAGAAUAGGAAUAACUUUUCGUUGUCAUGUAUCAAUGAAAUUUUUAUUCAACAAAGAGAUGUAGGUGGAAAUAUUCUAUUUCCAGGCGCUAGCUCUGUGAUAUAUGGUAGAAACAUAA